AUGGCUUCCACCGAGAAGAACAGCAGCAGCAACAGCAACAGCGAGGCUGCCGACUGCACUACUACAACCACAACCAACACCACCGCCACCGCAACCGAAGUCGACGAAGAAGAGUUCAUGCAUGUCCACGAACAGCAACCCGCCUCCCACUCAACCAGUGAAGGAGAACCACCAUCAGGCUCCGCGGCAUAUCCCUCCUCCUCUCCUGUAUCGAAAGGCGGUCCCUCCAAGAGCCACAAGCUGCCCGUCAUUAUCCAUAAUGGGGGCGGGCCGCUAAACGAUCCCAAUACGUCGACUUCGGCGCCGAGCGCGGGGUACUACAAUUAG